AAAGUGCUGAAGUGUUUAAAAUUGUAAACAAAUGCAGGCUUUAAGCAAUAUUGUUUUAAAAUCAUACCAAAUAAGCGCUCUGAGAGUUGCUUCGAGUAAUAUUCACUCAACAGCAUCAUGUCUGAAAGCUGACGAUAGAAGGGAAAUAUUGGCGAGCAUGCCAAAGAAAGAUGAAGGAACUGAGGGAGAGAAAACGAUUGCCAUAGAUCAAUUAAUUCAAAAGGAUCGAGUCAGUAUGUUUCCAGAUGAGACAACACCAACGACUCUAUUCAAUGGAACUCCUUUCAAAGAUCUUCCCAUCGUUGCUAUUAAAACUACAAAAAACAACACAAUUAUCCAAUUAACAGAUGCUCAAGGCGUCGCACAAUUAUUCAAUUCAUGUGGUAUGGAAGGAUUCAAAAAUACCCGUAAAGGAACCAACAUUGCUGCACAAUCAACUGCAAUUUCUCUUAGUGCAAAAAUACUAGAACGUGGAAUCAAAACAGUUCGUGUAACAGUCAGAGGAUUAGGUCCAGGCAGAAUGUCGGCAAUUAAAGGUUUGCAAAUGGGUGGAAUGAAUAUCAUUUCAAUUACAGAUACAACAAGAGUGUCAUGGAAUCCUCCUCGUCCUAGAAAGCAGAGAAAGCUUUAAAUUUCUUAUUGACUUUAAUUUUGUAUUCUGAAAUAUGUAAGUAAAGAAGAAUAAAAUUGUAGAACAUUAAAA